AUGGCGGCCGCCUCGUCCUCCUGCGGCUCUCCGUCGUCCUCCUGGUCCGGCCCCGUGGGGCUCCUGGCGACGCGGGGGCGCGCGGGGCCCGCUGAGGAGACGCGGGGGCGCGCCGGCCUCCCUGACGGACGGGAGCGCGCGGGGCCCGUCGAAGAGGAGCGGGGGCGCGCCGGCCCGGCCGAGGAGGCGCGGGAGCGCGCGGGGCCCGCUGAGGAGAUGAGGGAGCAAGCGGGGCUCGCUGAAGAGGAGCGGGAGCGCGCGGGGUCCGAGGAGGCGAGGCGGGAGCGCGCCUUACUCGCUGACGGACGGGAGCGCGCAGGGCCAGCUGAGGAGAUGCGGAAGCGCGCCGCCCUCGCUGACGGACGGGAGCGCGCGGGGCCCCCUGAGGAGAUGCGGGAGCAGGCCGGUCGAGCCGAGGAGGAGCGGGAGCGCGCGGGGCCCCCUGAGGAGAUGCGGGAGCGCGCCGGCCUCGCUGGCGGACGGGAGCGCGCGGGGCUCGAGGAGGCGAUGCGGGAGCGCGCCUUAUUUGCUGACGGACGGGAGCGCGCGGGGCCCGCUGAGGAGAUGCGGGGGCGCGCCAGCCUCCCUGACGGACGGGAGUGCGCGGGGCCCGCUGAAGAGGCGCGGGAGCGCGCCGGCCCAGCCGAGGAGGAGCGGGGGCGCGCGGGGCCCGCUGAGGCGAUGAGGGAGCGCGCGGGGCCCAUUGAAGGGGCGCGGGAGCGCGCGUGGUUCGAGGAGGCGAUGCGGGAGCGCGCGUGGCCUGCUGAGGCGAUGUGGGAGCGCGCCGGCCUCAAUGACGGACGGGAGCGCGCGGGGCCCGCUGAGGCGAUGCGGGCGCGCGCCGGCCUCGCUGACGGACGGGAGCGCGCGGGGCUCGAGGAGGCGAUGCGGGAGCGUGCCUUAUUUGCUGACGGACGGGAGCGCGCGGGGCCCGCUGAGGCGAUGAGGGAGCGCGCCGGACUCGCUGACGGACGGGAGCGCGCGGGGCCCGCUGAGGCGAUGCGGGAGCGCGCGUGGCCCGCUGAAGAGGCGCGGGAGCGCGCGGGGCCCACUGAGGCGGAGGAGGAGCGGGAGCGCGCGGGGCCCGAUUUAGAGGAGGAGGAGGAGGAGGAGGAAGAAGAAGCGGAGCCCCCGGGUCGGGUGGGCCCGGAUCGCCUGGGGCGGCGGUUCCGGUCGUUCCGUUACCGGGCGUCUCUGGGCCCGCGGGCGGCCUUCGCGCGUCUCCGCCGCCUGUCGCGCCAGUGGCUGCGGCCCGACGUGCGCACCAAGGAGCAGAUCCUGGAGAUGGUCGUCCGAGAACAGCUCCUGCACAUCCUGCCCCCGCAUCUCGCCGCCAGCGCCGCCAACAAUGCCACACGGCGACCCGACGCCAGGAUCACCGGCUGACCCCCGGUACCCCACGGCGACCUCCGACCUCCGACCCCGACGGCAGCAUCACCGGCUGACCCCCGUUCCCCCACGGCGACCUCCGACCCCGACGGCAGCAUCACCGGCUGACCCCCGUUCCCCCACGACUUCUGACCUCCGACCCUGUCGUCAGGAUCACCGACCGACCCCCCCCUUCCCCCCCAACGACCUCUGACCCCGAUGUCAGGAAUACCGGCUGACGACCCCCCCCCCAACAAUCUCUGACCUCCAACCCCACCACCCGAUGCCAGGAUCACCGGCUGCCCUCCCCCACAAUGACCUCUGACCUCCAACCCCGCCCACCACCCCAACAUCAGGAUCACCGUCUGACCCCCACCAAUGAUCUCUGGCCUCCAACCCCACUCACCACCCCGACAUCAUGGUCACCGGCUGACCCCCGCCAACGACCUCUGGCCCCCGACCCCGCUCACCACCCCAACGUCAAGGUCACCGGCUGACCCCCACCAACGACCUCUGACCUCCAACCCCGCUCACCACCCCAACGCCAAGGUCACCGUCUGACCCCCCCACGACCUCUGACCUCCAACCCCACUCACCACCCCAACAUCAAGGUCACCGGCUGACCCCCCCCCAUGACCCCUGACUCCCAACGCCUCAUCCCCCCUCAAUGACCUCUGAUAUCCAACCCCACCACCUGACAUCAGGAUCACCUGCUGACCCCCAUCAUUCGCCCCCACAACGACCUCUGACCUCCAAUCCCCACCCCCUGACAUCAGGAUCACCAGGUGACCCUCACACACACACACACACACACAAUGAUCUCUGACCUUCGACCCCACCUCCAGGCCAGGGCAUCCUCCUCCACGCCCACCCCAGGGGGUCCCAGAUGCCCUGCCCACCCCCAACAUCCUUCCCUGCCCUGAGGGGGACCACCUGGGGGGUGUCCAUCCAGCCUCCCCCUCGCAGCUUGAGUUUGUGCUACCAUUCUGCUACCCUUCCGCCCGCGGCCUGGGUCCUGGAUGCCCGGGGUCGGCCCCUGAGAUGCCCACCUUUCAGCGGCGGGCCGGGCAAGAGGGGCUGCUCCCGUGCCCCCCGACCCCCUCCCACCCGCCCCAGUGGCCCGGAGUGAACGGGAGGGGAGGAGGCGAGGCCUCUGAGCAGCAGUGGGUAAGCUUUAUUCCAAAUGUUACGGCAAAAUAAAACCUUCUCUCCGCUGUACAGGCA